AUGACUACGGUGUAUCCAGAAAGCACCUCUAUUGUUACAUCAGCAGGUGGUUUAAUGUCCCUGCUGGAUGAACAAGAAAAAGAGUUACAGAUACAUGCAUUGUUGAAGAUUUAUGAAUUUAUAGAUCAGUUAUGGCCUGAAAUUUCUGACGAUGUUACAAAAAUUGAAGUAAUGUAUGAAGAUCGCGCUUUUCCUGAACGGGAAUUGGCAGCGUUAGUGGUUUCAAAAGUUUAUUAUUACUUGGGUGAAUACGAUGAAGCCCUUCAAUUCGCUUUGGCCUCCGGUACAAAGUUUUUACAAGACAAAAACAGCAGCUUUAAGGAAACUCUUGUUUUCAAGUGCAUCGAUACUUUUAUUCAACAAAGCUCAGAACGCUAUAUUAAUUAUGAGCUCGAGCCUAUGGAUGAACGCUUGAGCGGUGUCGUUGAGGGAAUUUUUCAAAAAUGCUAUGCCAAUAAGGAAUGGCGACAUGUUUUGGGUAUUGCCAUCGAGGCUCAUCGUCUUGAUUUAGUUGAAUAUAUUUUAAAUACUGCCAAGAAUGAUGAUUUAAAACCAUAUGUCCUCGAGUUGGUAUUGACUGUCGUUCUCGAUAUCGAAUUCCGCAAUCGUCUUUUGCGUCUUCUUUUGAGUUCCUUCUUGGUAGAAGCUGAGCCAGACUAUUUCUCUAUUGGAAAGUGCGUAGUCCACUUAAAUGACGCUUCCGUUGCUGCGAAGUUAUUAAUGAAACUAUCCUCUCAAAAUGAUGACAAGAACUUAUUGACUGCCUACCAACUGGCUUUUGACUUAGAAGAUUCUGCACCCCAGGAAUUUCUAAAUAGUGUUAUAGACCUCUUACCUGCCCCUACCUCAUCAAAUGUUGAAGGCGAAUCAGAGAACACAGAAGUCGACGAAUCUUCACCAAUCUCUCGGAUUCAUUAUAUUUUGUCUGGAGAACAAACAGUCAAAUAUCAUCGUGAAUUUUUGUAUUCCCACAACAACACGGAUAUGCUCAUUUUAAAUAAGACCAAAGAUUCUCUUGAAUCCAGAAACUCAAUCUUCCAUAAUGCCGUUACCUUUGCAAAUGCCUUCAUGAAUUUUGGAACCUCUUAUGAUAACUUUUUCCGUGAAAAUCUCUCUUGGUUAUCCAAAGCAAACAACUGGUCCAAGUUCACGGCUACUGCUGCUCUUGGUGUUAUUCAUAGAGGAUACUAUAACCAAGCUAUGAAUAUCCUCCGCCCUUAUUUACCUGAAGAGGAUGCCCCUUCUAGUUCUGUUUAUUCCGAGGGUGGUGCCUAUUACGCCAUGGGUUUGAUAAAUGCCAACCAUGGUCGUGGCGUUACAGAGUAUUUGCGUGAGCAAUUGAAGCGUUCCGAAGACGAAACAGUUCAAUAUGGUCUUAUUCUUGGCUUGGGUCUCACUGGUAUGGCCAGCCGUGAUGAAAGUCUCUACGAUGCUGUUAAAACCGUGCUUUUUAACGAUAAUGCCGUUGCUGGUUCUGCUGCUGGUAUUUCAAUGGGUCUUAUCAUGCUCGGUAGCGCAUCUUCUACUGCCAUUGAUGAAAUGUUGCAAUAUGCUCAUGAAACACAACACGAGAAGAUUAUUCGCGGUUUAAGUGUUGGUAUCGCUUUGAUUGUUUAUGGUCGUCAACAGGAAGCUGAUGGUAUAAUUGAACAACUUAACGCUGACUCUGAUCCUGUUCUUCGUUAUGGUGGUAUGUUCGCCACCGCUUUAGCUUACUGCGGCACUGGCAACAGCAAGAUUAUCCGCAAGCUUCUUCAUGUUUCCGUUAGUGAUGUUAACGAUGAUGUUCGACGCGCUGCUGUUUGUGCAUUAGGUUUCAUUUGCUGUAAAGAUCCUACUGUGCUAAUCUCUACCGUUGAACUGCUUGUUGACAGUUAUAAUCCUCAUGUUAGAUACGGUAGUGCAAUUGCUCUUGGUAUUGCAUGUGCUAAUUCUGGAUCUAAUGCCGCUUUGGAAUUACUUGCUCGAUUAGUCGAGGAUGCUACUGACUUUGUACGCCAAGGUGCAAUGAUUGCUCAGGCAAUGAUUCUUACCCAACAUAAUGAACAAUUAAAUACGAAGGUUUCUGGAGUUCGCAAGCAUUUCGAACAAGUUGUCAGUGAGAAACACGAAGAUGCAUUGGCUAAGUUGGGUGCUACCUUAGCUCAGGGUAUUAUUGAUGCUGGUGGUCGUAACGUUACUAUUGCUCUUCAAACUGCUACUGGUAGUUUGAGGCUUUCUGCCAUUGUUGGCUUAACCGUUUUCUUACAGUAUUGGUACUGGUUCCCCUUAACUCACUUUAUGUCUCUCUCUUUCUCUCCGACUGCACUUAUUGGUUUAAAUCAGAACUUGGACGCUCCCAAGUUCAAUUUUGUCUCCAAUGCUAAGCCCAAGUUGUUUGCGUAUCCCCCUAAAAUUGUUCAGCCAGCAGCGAAGGCCGUUCAAAAGGUAGAAACAGCUGUUUUAUCAACUACAGUCAAAGCAAAGGCAAGGGCAAAGCGUGCUGAACGUGAAAAACAGGCCAAGGAGACUGGAGACGAAAUGAAAGUUGACAAGAAACCCGAAGAACCAGAAGCAGAUAGCAAUGCUAUGGAAAUGGAUGAAGAGAAAUCUGAUGAAGUUACCAAGUCCGAAUCGACUAAAAAAGAAGAACCCAAGCGUGAAGCUUUAGAGAAUUUUACUCGCGUGGUUCCUGCUCAAUUACCAUACAUUUCGUUUAACGUUAAUGGAAGAUACUAUCCGGUUCGUAAAUUUACUGGCGGCGUAUUGAUGCUAAUCGAUCGUGAGUCCGACAAAGCCCCAAAUUUGAUUGAGUUGAACAGAGAUGCUCCUACACCACAGGCUAAUGCUGAAUCUUCAGAGCAAGAGGCCCCACCCCCAGAGGACUUUGAAUACCCUUUUGAUGAUGAUGAGUAG